CCUGUGUUAUUGAAAGAAGAAUUAUAACAUGGCUACAGGAGACUUAAAAGGAAACUUGCGUAAGAUAGAACAAGAACUUCGGCUUUUAAAUUAUCCCAGAGAUGUGGACUACAAUGGAUUAGCAAAGGGUGAUCCAUCUGUAUUUUUGCCUAUCAUCAGCUAUUGUUUCACAUCUUUUUCAACAUAUAUUACGGAACUUCUGGUGGAAUCAGGUGUGGAGUUGACAGCAAAGAGUGACUUGCGUUUUAUUGAUGCCGUUUAUAAGCUUCUCCGUGAUCAAUUUCAGUAUAAGCCAGUCUUAUCAAAACAGCAGUUCCUCCAAUAUGGCUUUGCAGAGAGAAAAAUUCAGAUUGUUUGUGACAUUAUUAGUUCUGUUUGUAGAAGGCAUAAAGAAUUAAGUAACAUAAAUAAGGUGAAAUUUCAAACACAAAAGAGAAUCCAUUCUGUUAAACCGCAACCACAAGUAAACCAUUCUAACCUUCUUGAUGCUUCAACUAUCUGUACUACAGAUUUUCAGCAGAAACCUCAAAUAGAACGUCAUAAAAGUAUAUUGGAUGCAAGGAUCCCUCACGAUGUAAUCAGUGAAGCAUUGGAUGUAAAGGAGGAUGCAGAUGUCUGUGUUGCUGAUGUUUUGGACAGUGGUGCUGAUGUUUUGGGCAGUGUACAUGAACAGGUCUUAGAAGAUAGUAAUGAAUUGGAAGAAUUAAAGCACCAACUUGCUGAACUGCAGGAGAAGUUUAAGAAAGUGAACUGGGUGGAAGAUAAGUUACUAGCUUUAGAAGAGAGAUUGCAGGGGAAGAUUGUUAUAGAUGAGAAGGACUGGAAUAAUCUACUGGGCAGGGUCUUGCUCCUUGAAACACAGCUGGUACUUCAGUCCCAAAAGGAUGACUUAUCAACAGAAUUUAAUAACAUGAGUGAAGAAAUUACUUCUAGCAGAAAUAUUACUCCAGUUUCUCCUGAGAAAGAGAAGGUGGAGUUGCCAGAAAGUCUUCAACAGUCAUCUGGGUACAGUUCACUAUUAUCUGGAGAUCCAUCUCCCAAAGCCAUGGUCGUUAAUAAUCCUGCACUGUCAGAGGUUUCAAAAGAAACAACAAUACAAAGAAUGGAAAGAAUAAGCAAAAUGAUUGAAGAAACCUCAGAGUUGUUGAAGACCUCAAGUAACACCUCUUAAGACUAUUCUGCCCUAUGCAGCCAGAUCUCUGAAAGCAAUUAUGUAUGUCUGUAAAAUUUUUAGAGCUCUUUGAAUCCUUUUGUGAUUUCUCUGUGAUUAAAAUUAUUUCAAGUUAAUCAUUUUUUUGAAAAUAAAUAUUUUGUAAUAUUU